AUGAGUUUGUUCGUGGCGACGAGUCGUCGUUUGGACGGUUGGACGGGUCCCUCCGCGGAUCCCGACGCGGAGUCCUGUGCCAGUUCCCCGGCAUCCGCCUCGCCGCUGCGCACGACCCCGCGCCAGUACUUGUGGAGUCCCCGUGGCGUCACACGCACCCCGGAACGAGACCCGACCGCUACAACCGAAUCGGGACACAAAGACGCAACCGUACACGAUGAUGUAGAAAGACGUUGGACGCCGAUCCAGUCCACAACGGCACGGACUCUGUUCCCUCCGACCCACUGCGACGUGGGCACGGUGUGGGACACUCGUGCCGUCGAAACCCACGCGCCGGUAGUUCCGGACACCGUGUGCCGGACCAAGACGUCCCGUUUCGCCGUGUGGCACGACACGUCCGAACCCGUGGUGCCGCUUGCGGUCCGUUCGACGACGUCAACUUUGGUGGUGGUACAGCCGUCCGUGUCGUUCGCGAUCGAGACGUGUCGGAAUCAUUCCGACACGGUCGUCGCACGGGAACGCUGCGAUCCCGAAUGGCUUCGGAUCGAUCACUAUCGUCGAGCGAACGACACGACCGCAGCACCCAAACGUACCACCACCGCGACUAGCACAACCAGUACAACCAGUACAAUUAGGACUACUCCAAAGACCGCAGCCACAAACACAACGACCAUGUCUCCUACCGUUCCUUCCGUAUCCGCCACUUCCCGCCACACCACGCUUGGUCGUGCACUGGUGGGGCCUCGGGGAGUCGAUCCCGUUACGGCUCCCACCCCGACUCGGACAACACUCCCGAGUCUCACCCACACGAAGCCCCUAACUCCCACCCCGAGCAACGCCCGUAUACUCCGUGACGCCUCCGGCAAUCAACCCGGACGACCGGCAGUUGCUCCGUCCGAAGAACCCACGCACGACUUCCCUACCAAGAUGCCGUCCCCACCCGUCGCUUCGUCCAUUGCCAAAGAAAACGCCCCCACGGUCUCUCCUUCGGUCCGUAGCGAUUCUCACGACGUUGUUACCAUCACCUACACCACCACUACCGAGUCCGUUCCCGAAACGUUGUGGAGCCGGGUCGUCGAGAGUGAUGUUUCCUUUUUGGGAGACAUUACGGACACUCCCGAUCGCGACACUAGUCACGUCCACGCCAACCCUUGCGAUCCGAUGGACCACGCGAUUGUCACGGACGACGAAGAUUCGGUCACGUCCACCAGCGUGCACGCCGUGGGAAACACCAGCACCCGCAUGCUGGACGUUUCGACCACGGAGGAGUCCCACAUGCUGGACCUUUCGAUCGAGACGGGUCCCCAGUGUGCGCCGUCGGCUGAGCACGAUGGACACGGCUUGUUCGGAGCGGAUCGUACGGGUGACACCGAUAACGACUCGGGGAAAGAGGAAGAAACGAUCGAGACUAUACUUGAUGAUUCGGUCGACACGGGAUCCGUUCUACCGUUGCCCGACGCCAACGGCAUGGACGAAUCGUCGACUGCCGGUGAGGAUGAUCCACGGCCGGCCCCACAAAAAAACGCACCCUUGUUGGAGACGGCCACGGUCCAAACCGAACAGUCCAACGAAUACAUGUCGGAUCGCAAGUCAUCAACGGUGGUUCCGCCAGAAACCGAGCACCCGGAGUCAGCGCCCGUCUUGUCGUGGGCGGCCGUCGCCAAAACAACACCUUCCAAACCCAAGACUUUGAACAAUAGAGCGACGUCGCCAAGCACAAUUCCGGUAUUCCCGGCGCCCACGCACAACAAAGUUACCACCGCCCCCCUCGAUACCUCGUCCAGUACCUGGGAGCACGAUGGGCUCCUCGUCUUGUGCUCGCAUCAAUCAUUGGACAGAUCCGUCACGGUCAACCAAAUCAAAGUCUUUACUAUAUUGGGAGGUCACAACAUCUCCUACGAAACCAUCGACGGUGCCGACCCGGUGCACAAACAAACCCGCAAUCACCUGUUUGAAGUCUCGGGCUUGAAGGCGCAAUAUCCCCAGUUCUUUUUGGUCCGGAAUGGCGAGCUGACCUUCUGGGGUGAUUUUCACCAGUUUGUGCAGGCCGACCAAAACGGUGAAUUGCAAGUGGCUUUGGCCGCAGGUGUGGAGCUAGCUCCCGUGAUUCGUCCAAUCGAAACGGCAAUGGUCGACACCGAAGACACUUAUUCUAUAGAGGCGGGGAACGUCCCGAAAUUAUUGGUGCUCUGUUCGAAUCAAACCAUGAGCCGAAGAGUAACGUCGCAUCAAGAAAAAGCAUACACUAUUCUGAAGGCUCACCGUAUCCCUUUUGAAACUCUGGACGGAGCCGACGCGUGGAACAAAUCUCGACGCGAGGAGCUCUUUCAGAUUUCGGGACUGCGCGCGCAGUACCCCCAGUUCUUUCUGAUUGACGAGACAAGCGGCACCACGACGUUUUGGGGAGAUUGGGAGCGUUUCAUGUACGCCAACGAAGACGACGUGCUCGUGAACGAGCUCGGUUUGACACCUUCGUAUGCUCCCGAACAGCUUCAGAACCAUGUGAACACGGCCAACGAUACUCACGCUAGCAAGACAGAACGGAUGGAGUCCUUCGACUCCAACGCUGGAAAUUCGGAAGGAACAGACGCUAAUGAAAAGCGGUUCCUGGUGCUGUACUCCAGUCAAUCGCUUGAUCGCCAGGUGACGGUCAAUCAGGAGAAGGCAUAUUCCGUACUGACGAACAAAGGUAUACCGUUCGAGACACUGGACGGGAUCGAUCCCGACAAUGUCCAGCGCCGCAACACGCUCUUUCGAAUCUCGGGAUUGCGUGGCACGUAUCCGCAGUUCUUUAUCGUUGACGGUCACACCACCGAAUUCUGGGGCGACUGGAAUCGUUUCAACAAGGCGAGGAAAGCUGGAAAAUUGAGUAUAUUAUCUACGCCGAUCGAAAAGGAGAAAAUUGCGAAGGGAAUUGCCCAAGCAUCUACGGGACAAUCGGCAGCCGGAACGGGCAAGGCUCACACCGAGAAUCAAAAUACCUCCGCUUCCAGUAGCGCAGCUACCUCUUCUGGAACCGGUGGGCCUUCCUCACACAGCGAAUCGAAUAGCAACACUCGAAGUAGCCAAGCAGUAGCUACAGUACAAACAACGGACCGGAUCUCUACCAAGACCGACAUUACUAUUUAUGGAGCUACAAGUUUUGUUGCAAAGCACGUCAUUACGUAUAUAAUGCAAACAAGCAUUCAUGGUGCCAAUACUCUGAAAGUGACGCUGGCCGGACGCAGUUCAUCCAAGGUCCAAGCCCUAACAGACGAAUUCUCACAAAAGAUGAAGAAUCUCUUUAUUGUGAGCGAGAAACCACAAGGCAAAUGUGUCUUUGACUUUUUUAUUGCCGAGAGUUCAAACCCUUCCGCUCUUGGCAAAAUGGCAUCCCGAACCAAAGUCGUCCUCAAUUGCGCUGGCCCGUUCACUCGACUUGGCUCUAACGUCGUUGCGGCCUGUGCUAAGACUGGUGCGGACUACGUCGACAUAACGGGCGAGAUAGAAUGGGCAUCCGAGAUGCGGCAGCUGUACAGUGCCGACGCUGCCAAGUCUGGCUCGCGUAUCAUUUCAUUCUGCGGAUUCGAUUCCAUACCUUCUGACCUGGCUGUUUACACUGCGAUCAAGGUCAUGAAAGAAAAGUUGAAACAAAACGCGAAACCUAUCGAAACAGCGUCGACAUAUCACUCCAACUUUGGGCUUGCCAACGGCGGCACGUUGCAAACGGUCUCGGAAAUGUCGCUAAACCUACGGCAUUGCCUUUUCCGUUGGGUCCCCUACCUUCUCAACGAUCCUUUGGCGCUGACCCAUCCCAGCGAUCGCAGUGCGCAGUCGCCGCAAGAAACGCGAAACAGAAUGGCCAAGGCAGAAUGGAUCAACCAGUUGCCGUUCUUCCAUUCAAUUUUUCGAAUGGGUGUGUCGUCGCCAUUCUUUAUGGCUCCAGUCAACACCAAAGUUGUCAACGCCUCCGCCGUUGCCAACAACUACGGGCCGAGCUUCACUUACUACGAACGAUAUGUGCCGACGGGCUUUCGUUUCACAGUUCAGCUAGGAACACUGUCGCUGCUUCCCGCAGUCGUCACUCAAUUUUUAAUAUAUCUCGCGGCGUUUCUGAUCAAAUUUCCCAUUCUUGGGCCGUUGCUGAUCCAAUGGUUUAUGCCACCAGGCUCUGGUGCAUCGGAUCUUUUCUGCAAAACGGGAUAUGCUGAAGUCUAUGCGGACGUUGUUACUUCCCCCAAUGCCGCGGGAAAGGUUGACAAGGCAAACUGCUUCCUGGCCUUUGAGGGAGAUCCCGGGAAUUGGGUGACAGCUCAAACAGUAGCCGAGUCGGCACUCGCCUUGGCACUGAACAAGAAGGAUCUUCCGCCUCGUAGCCAGGACGGCUUUGGUACGCCAACCGAAAUUCUCGGUGGUGUUCUUCUGAAACGUUUGACCGAGACCAAGAUUCGCCCUGUGGUUGUUGUGACCGACGUGCGUGCGGCGACAUCAAAAAUAGAGUGGUCUAUGUUUCCCCUACAUGUGACAAUGAGCGCCCACUAG